AAAGUCUCGUACUGAUAUGUGCGUAAGAAGGUCACAUAUGUGGUUGCUAACUGCCGUGUGAUAAAUGUACUGUUGGCGAACUGGAAUGCAGAUACGAGUUAGCUAUUGAUUGUUCCUAAUCAUUAUCGGUUACCAAGGCGACAUAAUAUUAGAUUGCUGCAUAUGUAUUACACAUCCAGCUGUGACAGAUUCUACUCGAAGACACAGUGCUGAUAAACACAUAAAUGGAGUGUCGUGUCGUACACUGUUUUGCAUGUUUGUGUUUACUCAGCUUCGGGAUGAUGGCAUGGGUGUACAAUGACGUAUUAACAACUGAAUUGAAUAUUCAUCAAUGGAUAUCACGAUUCCCGGUCAUCAGAAUUAUUAAAUCAUGGAACUCUACUUUCCAAAGUUGUAAUGUCACGCAUAAUUCAACAGCAUUAAGACGUCACGUAGCAGCAAUAAACGGAACAUCGGCACCGUUAUUGAACACGUCAGACGCCGAGGGCGCUGUUCGAUGCAUUGGUCACUUGGCAAAGUGUGAGGUGGUACUUCCUAAUAUAACGAACGAAUAUCAUUUAUCAACUGAAUCCAAAAACAGCCCACAGCGUCACAGACAUCGGAACCAUGGUAUCACGUAUAGAUCGAACUUAAAACUUGACGUAAACGAUAUCACAUGCAAAUUCAAGAAAACACCUUUGUCAUAUUUAGGACGUAAUACUAGGCUAUUCAAGAAAUUUGAGAUUUACAAAUAUUUCCCGAAACAUACUCCUAAAGAAUUGUUCUCACAAUCAUUCAAUAACUGUGCCUUGGUUUCAAGUUCAAGUUACCUUAACGGAUCAGGUCUCGGUAAAGAAAUAGAUAUGCAUGACGCUGUUAUACGAUUCAACACCGCGCCGACUGAACAUCACGAAAAGGAUGUCGGGAGUAAAACCACCAUCCGGGUACUUAAUCAUCAAGCAUUUAUGAAGAAGGGAUUAACAGACAAACAUAUCACAAAUGGUGCAUAUUUCAUUUGGAAAGGUGGCUAUAAUCUGUAUAGAGGGAACAUCUAUGAGUUUUAUACAGCUUCACAAGAUAUGUUUAUAAGAUAUUUUAAAUGGUUAAUGGCAUAUCCGGAGUUGAACGCUUAUCUUGUACAUCCGGGUUCUUUGUGGCGACAAUGGGAUACUGUGCAAGAUUUGACAAGUAAUUCUAUGAAAAAAACAACUACGUCAUCUGGUUUCAUCGGAAUAACAAUCGGUCUGCAGUUUUGUAAUUACCUAGACGUAUAUGGACACGUGACCAACCAAACCUAUGUGUGCCACUACUACGACGUGCUUACUAAAAAGACGAGAUGCACCACGGGUAAAUUCCACCCUAUUAACGAAGAAAGACAAAUUGUGAGACGCAUGAAUAUCGGGAAUGUGGACGACAUCGAAUAUAAAGGACGUGUUACGUUGAAUGGAUUUCCAACUGUUCAUUGUCCAUAAUAGAUACUAAAAUUUUAGCUCUUAAUAAAGG